AUGCGGAAGCGUGAGCUCGAGAAUGGCGAUGAGAGCACUGCCAGCCUUGCCGAGGUAGACGAGGAGCAGGCGAAGAAUGAUGAGCUGGAGAGCGUUCAGGGGAGGUUGGAGGAUGCCUUGAAUGUGGUUACGGCCACCGAGAGAAUGUUGAGGGAGUUGAAGUGGUGGGAUGAGAAGGCUGACGGGGAUGUAGCCUGGGAGAAGGGGGAGACGAAGGAAGCGAAGGAGAAAAAAGAGGCGGAGAAGGGGGUUAAGAAGAAGAUUUUGGUGAAAGGUCAGAAGGGGAAAGGGAAAGAGGUGGACAGGAAAGUGGUAAAGAAGGCGAAAGAAAAGAUGGAAGAGAAAAAGGUUGAGAAAAAACCGGUCUUAAUUAAUGACCGCAAGGGCAAAGGAAAGCAGCGUGAGGAACAGCCGCAAGACGAGCUUAAAAAGAAGGUCCUAAAGAAGAAGAAAAAUAAAGGCAAAGGAAAAUCGGUUGAAGAGACGGGGGCGACUACCGAAACCAAGAUCUACCCCGAGAAGCCAAAGGCAGAGACCAGCAUGCAAGGUGCUCAGAGGGAGUGGGGUCAGUAUGAGUGGGACUGGCAGGGCUUUCAGGACUCAAUGUUCUAG